AUGAUAAAUUCAAAUAGAAAAUUUUAUAUAUUAAUUCUUUUUUUUUAUUCCUUGCAAUAUUUUAUAUUAAUUAAUGUUUGUAUUUCACAUGAACUACAAGGGAGGAGCCAAGAUUUAUUUUCAGAAAAAAUAUCUUCAAAUAUUUAUGCAAGAGAAAACUCUCCUAAUACGAGAAAUUUGAUUGAUGCAGUAGAUAUAGAACAAGAUGAAAUUCUUGAUUUAGAAAACACAUUUAUUCAUUUCCCCAUAGAAGAAAAAAAUUCAGAUUCUGGUAAUGAAGAUAACUUUUUUAAUAUGGAUUUAUUUGAAACAAUAAAUUUAGAGAAAGGUAAGUCAUCUAAUAUAAAAAAUGUUUUAGGUGAAACAGAUAGUCCUUUAAUGGAUUCACCAAUAGAUCCUCUCUAUCCAUCUUUUGAAAAUAAAAACUCAGCCAUUCAUAUUGAAACGAAUUCCUCUAGCAUAAGUUUGAAUGAAACAAAAAUUAUAGAAUCCAAGGAUUCAUAUAAUCCACAGCCUAUUCUCAAUUAUUCAUCAGCUACUCCCAAUUAUUUGGAAGGAGGAUUCCUUAGCUUACUCUUAGAAGAUGAUUGUUCACCUAUUAAUUAUGAAAAUAUACUCCCCACUACCAGCAAUUUAAUGUUUCUAGAAAAUGAAGAACAUGAAAAAUAUAUUGAAUUAGAAACCACUCUUUUUAAUCUUCCUAUAGAAAAACCUGUCACAACUAUUAAUGAUAAUGAAGAUAUGAGCUCAGUAGAUGAAAUUGAAAAAAUAUCAGAAAAGUCAUACAAAAGAAAAGGAAAAAAGAGAAAUUACGAAGAUGUUGAUAAUUUAGAUGAUCAGAAUAUUGAAAAAGAUAUAAGUAUUAAUCAAAAAAAAAAUUAUGCUUAUAAUCGAAAUUAUACUUAUAAUAAAAUUGGUGAAGAUUUUGUUUGUUCCAUCUCAAGUAUUUUUAAAAUGCAAAUUAAUUGUUUGCCAGAUUAUGUAGUUUCAAGUUUACAAAAAUUAAGAGACAUAUUAGACGAUGACAAUAAAAGUACAUAUCAUAAUUUAGAAAAAAAAAUGAACAUAAACAUUUUGCUAUUAAGAGACAUUAUAGCUGAGGAAAUAAAAAAAAUUAAUCGUUCUGACUUAGGAGCAAUAAAAAAUUACUAUAAUAAAAAUAUAGAAGGAGAAAAAUUAGUAAAAACUAUUAAUCAUAUUAUUUUGUUAUUUAAACAUAAAACGAACCAUAUAUUUAAUAAAAAAGAAAUGCAUGAAAAAAUAAAGCAAAUUUUAGAAACUUUUGAGGAUUUAGCCAAUGAACAUAAAUUUUUACGGGAUUUAUAUCGUUUUAAAUCAACUAUUGCGAAUAAUUUCAUGUACAAUAAAUUAUUUUCUUUUUCAUUUAUUCAAUCGUCAGAAGUCUUUAAACGUAAUUUUGAAUUAUUGAAAUAUAUGGAUAAAUUAAUAGAAUGUGUAGAAAAAUCAAUUAAAAAUGGAUUUAUAUUAAGAGAUCGUAAUUAUUUUUGUAUGACUCAAAAGGUUAUAUAUAAUCUUCAUACACCGAUAACUGCAUCUAUUAGGAACAAUUUGGCUAAACUUGAUAAUAUUUUGAAAACAUUGAAUUUAUCAUAUAAAGACCAUAGUCUAAUAAUACAAACUAUUUUCUAUUUUCUUAAAAAAGAAAACGAAAAAAAUAAAAAAAAACUAGAACUUUACAUGAAUAAACCUUAUAAAAAAAAUUCUUUAAAAGCAAUUUAUAAUUUUUUAUUAGAGGAAGAAAAGGAUGCUACACGCUACUAUAACGAAGCAUCUAAGAUUUUUAAUUUAAAUUUAACUGACAAAAAUAAGGAAAGCAUACUCUUCGAUGAUUUAAUAAAUAACGAAAGUAUUAUAGAUAAUUUAUUCUCUGUUCAUGAAACCCUCAUCAAAUUAAUCGGAGGUUUAUUUAUUAAGAAGCAGUUAACCAUUAUUAUGAAUACACGUAAAUUAUUAUUAAGUAUGAAUUCAUUAAAAAAAAGGAAGGAUAUUUCAUAUGAAACAAAAGAAAUUUUAAAAAAGAAACACCAAUCAAAUUUACUUUCUCAAAUAAAAAAAGAAAAAUGGAAAAUGGAAAAAAUUAAGCAUAAUAUAAGAAAUUUACAUCUAUUUGUUACUACAAAAGAUGAUAUAAAACGUAUUCAAGUAUCAAAUUCUUUAAUAAAUAAAAUAAAUGGAAUUAUAUCAAUUUUACGUUUCAUUUGUAAAAUAACGUAUAAAAAUGAAGAUAAAACUGAUUUUAAUCAAAAAAAAGAGGCUAGUACGGAAAAUAUUUUGCUUGCACUAUAUUAUGCCAACCAAAGGCUUCCAAAAUUUACUGAAAAAAAAAUACAAAAAAAAUACACAUCUAAAAAAAAAUGA